CACAUCUAAGGCUUUGGCAAGCGACUGUUCAAGACACGCCUACUCUUGCCUACGCCGCGGAUCUCAAGACUGUCGUGCACUGUUUGGCCUGGUUUUCGAGAAUCUAAAGAAACGAGACAUCAUGUUACAACGCUGAACGGACCCUGAGCGAAAGUCUUUACCGCCCGGGCGGUCUUGAGUAGAAAUUGACGUUAUCGUCGGUGCUUUGGAGGUUUUGAGAUUAUACGAGAUGUCUCGUCAACCUGUUGUGGAGUCUCCGAGUCGUGCUUCGCGAAGGUCCUUGCUGGGAACCACGAAGACGACUCUCAUCCGUCGUAUCCAGAGCCUGAGUCUAACUGAUGUUGAGGAGCAACCGACGGAUGAAGAUUCCUGGGGUCCUCUAGGAUUGACACUACUUCAUGAGCCUUCAGAACCAUUAAUCGAUUUCAUUUUCGUACACGGUUUGGGCGGUGGCUCAAGGAAGACAUGGAGCAAGACAUCGAAUUCAGCCCAUUAUUGGCCCAAGGAAUGGCCACCUACGGAGCCCCGAUUCAAGAACGUUCGCAUACAUUCGUUUGGCUAUAGUGCAGUAUGGAAAGAGAGACAUGCCAGCAUGUUAACCAUACAUGACUUUGGCCAGGCGCUCCUAUCUGAUGUCAGGAACUCUCCUCUUCUGUGCCACAGCGACACGCCAAUUGUUCUUGUGGGACACAGUAUGGGUGGUCUCGUCAUCAAGAAGAUGCUGCUGCUCGCGAAGCAGGACCCCGCAGCAUCGAAUAUUGCUGCCCGCAUACACACUCUCUUCUUCCUCGCAACUCCUCAUCGUGGGUCAAACCUGGCAAAUACACUCAACAACCUUCUCAAACUCGCCAUCGGCCACGGUCCCAAAUCCUACGUCGAUAACCUGUAUCCCGACUCCGAGGCAAUAACUGCCAUCAAUGAUCAGUUUAGACACGUGUUUCAAGGCAUAAAUCUCUACUCCUUUUUCGAGACCAUGCCCACAGCUUUGGGUCUCAUUGUUGAAAAGACAUCCGCCGUUCUCGACCUGCCGGGGGAGCAGAUUUCCCAUCUCAACGCCGACCAUUCCCAAAUGUGUAAAUUCGACACGCCGAACGACAGCAACUACACGCGGCUGAGGGACGCAUUCGUGGCGAGCAUAUCGUUGAUAGAAAAGACAUGCCUAGCACCUCGUUACCAGCGGCGCAACGAUGAUGUUGAGAAGCUGACAGCGUGGCUCGGAGUAAAGGAAAGCCCGGAGACAGACGUCGCAAACAUCAUAGAACAUCAAAGUCAAGGAUCUUGUGCCUGGUUAACCGAGAAAGAUACGUUCCAAGAGUGGCUUGUAGACGGAAAUGGAUUUUCGAGGUUCUACUGGUUGAGUGGCGAGCCGGCGACAGGCAAAUCAACCCUUGCCGCUCAUGUGGUGAACUACCUUGAGCAUUCCAACAAAGAUUGCUCUUACUUCUUCUUCAGAAAUCUUCACACUGGAAAGUCCACUGUUGCGGACAUGCUGCUCUCACUGGCAGUUCAGAUGGCCCGCACGAACACGACGAUUCGCGAAAGACUGCUUGAAAUGCACGACAGUGGGACUCUUGACCACCAGGACGAACGUUCCAUCUGGAGAACCCUUUUCGUAGGUCGCAUUCUUCGAAUCUCGUUUCAGCAACUACAUUACUGGGUUAUCGAUGGCCUUGACGAGUCAUCUAACCCCGCAGCUUUCUUUCCACUAGUCGCCAAGAUCGAAAAGCAUAUCCCUUUACGAAUCUUCGUGACCAGCCGUCCGUCGCUAGUCUUCGAACGAGCGUUUUCGCGCGAAAACAUAUCAAGCCUGAGGGUGGCAGAGACCAUUCCCUUGGAUGCAACCAAAUAUGAUAUCGGGCUUUAUCUGAAUGAGCAUGCAUCAUAUUUCCUGGCUGAGAGUGAAGCCGAAAGGGAGGCCUUGGUCCAAACUAUCUUGGACAUGUCGAAUGGCAAUUUUCUUUGGACGGACUUGGUGGUCAAGAAGAUUGAGAAUGCUGUCAGCCAAGAGCAAGUCCAAAACAUCCUCAACUCCGUUCCAAAAGAGAUGGAUGAGCUGUACAGUGAGAUAACAACCAGCAUUAUGGCAUCCUCAGAGACUGGGCUUAUCGCGAAGGCAAUUCUACGAUGGACCUUAUGCUCAAUGAGACCGUUGUUUGUUGAUGAGUUGAGGGAGGCUCUAAGGCUCGACAUUAGAGAAAAUCUGAACCAACUGGACAAGACAGCUGGCACGAUCUGUGGAAAUCUUAUAUACGUCGAUCGGGAUUCGCGUGUCCAAGCUACCCACCAAACCGUUCGAGACUUCUUCUUUAAUCACAUCAAAGGAGGUUCAGAUUAUGGAAUGUCUAGGGAAAGGGAGCAUUUCAGAAUUGCCGAAAUAUGUCUCUCAUACUUGGGCAGCACGGAUAUGAAGCCCCCAAGAUUCCGUCGAGCGAAGUCCCUCGCUCAGAAAAAGGAGCCCAAAAGGUCUUCGUUCUCCUCUUACGCCGUCACGUUCUUCUCGGACCACAUUGCCCGAUCAACAUCGUCUAGCUCAACAUUACUUACAUCUUUGGACGACUUCCUCAUGAGCAAUUCUAUGGCAUGGAUCGAGGCAGUAGCAAAAACAAGCGAUCUAUCGCCUUUGACACGAACGGCAAAGAAUGUCAAAGCCUACAUGGAUCGAAGAGCGAAAUAUGAAUCGCCCUUGGGGAGUGAAGUUCAGAAUGUCCUGGCCUGGGCGAAUGACCUUGUUUAUCUGGUGGCACAGUUCGGAAAGACACUUGUGGCAAGCCCGCAAGCCAUCUAUCAUCUGAUCCCGGCUGUUUGCCCGAAGAAGUCGAUCCUGUUCAGAGCAUUUAAAGGACACCCUCGUGGCCUUCAAGUGGUAGGACUCGAGCAAGAUGACUGGGAUGAAAGACUCGGCUGCAUCGUCAUUCCUGAUACACAGAUACUAUCCAUUGCAUGUGAAGGGAACAAUUUCGCACUUGGGACUGCAAAUGGGAAAGUGAUCAUCUACGACGAAUCGACUUUCCAAGAAAAGAUUCAGCUGCAACAUGGCGAGCCAGUUCGACGGCUAUGUUUCGGUACGACAUACGAACGCAUUGUAUCUCAGGGGAGAAAGCUUAUCAAGUCCUGGGACAUAGCGACUGGCAAACAAGUCUGGACUUUCCUGACUAGGGACGAACCGCUCUCGUUGUCAUUCAGUGAAGAUGAGAAGCAGUUGUAUACUGCAACGAGGGCCAACUAUGCCUUGGUGAUAGACAUCGAUACAGGGAAGAGAAUCGACAAAUUUGCCUUUGGGGAUUGGAACGAGAGCCAGCGACAAUAUCACAAAUACCAAAAGUCGCCAAUGCAUGCAGACUUCAUGAUGAACUUGGGACUACUGGGCGUAACAUAUCGACUCAGACCUGUGACAUUUUGGGAUCUUGAAGAGCAAGAAUUUGUCGGACAUUUCACUCGCUCGACCAACUCCUCCUCGUUGGAGCCUUACAUUCAUGCAUUCUUAUUCAAUCCGAACCCAGAGAUCAACCUAGCGGCAGUGAGCUACCAAGAUGGUUCCACACAUGUCUUUGACCCAGAGAUACAGAAAACGCAAGCCAUCGCACAGACAGACGCGUCUGUGCUGGCGGCUUCUCCGGACGGUACUGUUCUUGCCGUCGGUAGCGGAAACGGUUUCAUCAAGCUGUACGACUUUGAGACCAUGAAAUUAUUGCAUCAGACUUUCGUCAGCCAGAGAGCGAUCCGAGCGAUCACCUUCAAUAGUUCUGGACAGCGUCUAUUUGAGGUCAGGAGCAACACCUGUAGCAUUUGGGAACCAUCCGCACUGGUUCGACGUAACGACAACACCAACGAUGAUUCUAGCAUCGACAUCAGCGACCGGGUAUCUCAGGCAGCUCCGAUGAGCAUUGCAAAAACAAUCGACAAUGAGAAGGCCAUCACGGCACUGGUACCUCAUCACGACGGCGAAUGCAUCUUCUGUGGUCGUGGAAAUGGAUCAGUUGCAGCCUACUCGGCGAAAUCCGGAAAGAUGGCACAAGAGCUAUUUCAUGACAGCAAAAAUGUGACUGUGGACUUUCUGGACUGGAACAAGUCACGAGAUCUGUUGAUCGUUGCAGACAGGUCUGGUCAAGUGUAUGUCCGUACGGUGCAAAAGAACAGUGCUGGCGCCUUCUCGUCAAAUAAGUUGUCUCUGAGUGUACGGUGUGAGGGUGUGAUUGAUCAAAUCCUCGUCAAAGCCGACGGAGAGAAAAUGCUCAUUUCCACGGCUGACAGCCUCGAGGUUUGGGACCUCAUCUCUGCUGCAAUGGUCAGUAGACAUGGUUUUGCAAAGCCAAGUCUACCCCGGAGAUUGGCGAAUCACCCAGACAAUGAGACGAUCAUGUGUUUCGAAGGCACAUCUUGCCAACUUUGCACGUGGGCGACCAUUGAAGAUCUGUUCUCUACUGACAAUCCUGGCACCGAGUUUCUGGCGAUCGUCGAUCCCAAGUUAAGCCCCAAGGGAAAUGUCAUAAUGGCCGUUGAGGACGAGAUCGCCAUUUUUCACAAUGGUCUCGACUUUGAAGAGAAGGUACCGGUAUGA